AUGGCGAUGCGCGUCGCACUCGCGCUUCGCGCGGCGGUCUUCGCGCCGUCGCGACGCCGCCGCGAACGCGACCCCGCGUCGUGCGCCGUGCGCGCGCGCGGCCGCGGCGUCGCGACGACCACGACGUUGCAGGCGUUGCCGUCGCUGUCGCUGUCGUCGUCGUCGUCGUCGUCGUCGUGCCGUUUCCCUCUCGCGGCGCGGCUUCAUCGCGGAUGGGUCGUCGCGGCGGCACGCGGUCGCGGAUCCGGUCGUGGAGAUGGCCGCGGCGGUCGCGGAAGGCGCGGGGGUGGCGGUGCUCGCGGGGGUCGCGGCGGGCUCAGUCCUGAAAAGUUCGCGGAGGCUCGCAAACUGAACGGGGAGCUCGUCGCGUCCCGUAGCGCGGCGAAGCUGCUCGCGAUCGUCGCCGAGCGAGGAGGCGAUUUCAACGAAGUGAACGUCGCGACCGCGGUGAACAAGCUCUGGAAGGUCGCGAAUUCGCGUGAUAACCUGAGCGGGGACCCGAGGUACGCGCGUCUGCUCGAGCUCGUGCGGCGGCGGUGUCGCGCGUUUCGUGCGCAAGCGGUCGCGAACGUAAUCCACGGCCUCGGCGUUUUGUGCGCGGACAAAGGCGCCGGCGACGUCGACGCGGAGACGGCGGGGGAGCUGAUGCUGGCGGUGGAGAAGAACGCGGGUGAGCUCAAGGCGCAAGAGGUCGCAAAUGUCUACAACGGCCUAACGAAGCUCCCCGCGGCGGUGGGGGCCAUGUCUCCGGAGCGUUGGAGACACCUCUCUGAGGCGGCGUCGCGCCUCGCGCCGGAGAUAAACAGCCAGAACAUCGCGAACGUGCUCAACGCGCUCGGGAAGAUCGACGCCGCUGAACGAGAGGUUUCAUCGGGAGCGGGAUGGUCGCGCUUGAUCGGAGCCGCGGAAGCACUGGCGCCGGAGAUGAACAGCCAGGGCAUCGCGAACGUGCUGAACGCGCUCGGGAAGAUCGCCGCCGCCGCCGAGGUGGUCUCUUCGGGGACGGGAUGGUCGCGCUUGAUCGGAGCGGCUGAGAGGCUGGCGCCGGAGAUGAACUCCCAGGAGAUCGCGAACACGCUCAACGCGCUCGGGAAGAUGGCGGCGGCAGCGGAAAAGGUUUCGUCGGCGGGAUGGUUGCGUUUCGCGUCGGCGGUCGAGCGUACCUCGGGUGCGAUGAAUGCGCAGGAGGUGUCGAACGUCGUCAACGCGUACGCGGAGAUGCGCCGCGUGCCCGAAGCGCCCGAGUUGGUGAGCGCCGCCGGCUGGAGAUCGCUCGCGGCGGCGGCCCGGAGAACGGCACCGGCGAUGAAAAGUCAGGAACUCGCUCUGACGGUCGACGCCGCGAAGAAGCUCGACGCCUUCGCGAUGACGAUCGACGACGACGGGUGGGAUCAGCUGGCGCGUCAGGUACCGCGCCUGGCUCGGGAUUUCAACGCGCAAGCGAUCGUUUUGGUGCUCUCCGCCGCCGGGUGGAAACUCGAGCUCUCGAAGGCGCUGGCGCUCGUCGACGGGGGGUGGGACGCGGUGAUCGCGGGCGUGGAGCGGCACCUCGACGCGAUCAAGAAGGGGUACCCGCCGGACUUGGGGAAGGAGGCUCGGAAGACGCCUGGAUGA